AUGCUUUUUGAGGUAUCACCUAGCAUACGUUCUCCUCUCCAAUGUAAAAAUUGCCUACGUUUAGGACAUACAUCAAAGUUUUGCCGUAGUAGCCCAACAUGCAGCCACUGCGGUGUAAGCAAGCACUCCAUUGAAUCGUGUCCAACUGCUCAAGCAACCGAUCCAUGCUGCCUAUACUGCCAACUUCCACAUCUUGCAACUGAUCGAAACUGUCGCGAAUGGCAAUCCCAGCGGGACCUCAAAAAAAUAAUGGCCACAGAAAACUUAUCUUUUCGAGUCGCAGUCAUCUUCAAGAAACAAAACCAGGUCACAUCAGCCUUAAGCUACUCUAACAUUGUAAGUAACCAGCCUUCUUCUUCUUCUUCAAAUAAAGCAUCUUUUGUUCCCCACCCCUUUAACUCCAUACCAACCUCUCCCACCCCUACCCCACCAAAAAAUUCCCUACGUCCCACUAGGAAACAUAAAUCCCGCUCCCCCUCCCCAAAUAAAAACCACUUUAACCUCCCCAAGCAAUCAAGUGCCUCUGCACCUAAUGGAGAAUUUUUAAAAUAUGUUAUCAAUAAUCGAUCUAACACAGUUACAAAUACCCAAAACAAUGAUUUUUCAUGGGUCGAUACUCUAUCACAACGAUUAUCGGAGUCACUUUUAAAUUCUUUAGAUCUUUCCACACAAUCUGCCACGUCACUUAAAAACUUAAUUGAGUCAUCUAUACAUUCUCUCCUAGUCAUUCCCAAAAUUUCUAUUACCUCUCAUCACCAAAACUAA